AUGCUCGGGCGGGGUGAGCUCCCCAAGGCGAGGUCCAUUCUUAUCAUGGAAAACUUGCACGCGCAGACCACGGACGAGUUCAAGGAGUAUCUUGCGAAGCACUGCAACACUCUCGCCUGGUAUGGCCCUUCGGUGUGCACGGACGAGGUGCAGCCAGUUGAUGCAGGAGCCGGACGAUUUCUCAAGGUGGAAGUCGGGAGGCAGCUGGACAUGUGGCUCGAGCAGUCGGACAACCUCGAGAGGUGGGAAACCGCGUCGCUGACAGCUUCUGAUCGGCGCGUCCUGAUCACUCAGUGGAUGGGAGCGGCCAUGGCAAGACUCAACAGCCAACAGGCGUACCGAUACCGUCUUUUCAAGAAGUGCGGGAUGGCCAUGACCGGGGACGGCUCGGGCGAUGAUCGAAUCACCUUGGAGGGUUUGGACAAGCCGUAUACCUUCGCUGACGAUGAAGACAGUAGCGACGAUGAACAAGGUUCGGAGAACGGCAACGAUGAGCCUGAGGGGCGGGCGGAGGAGGGCGAUGGAGGACGUGAGACGCUCAUGGAGGGCGUUGACUCCAGCGAUGAAGACGACGGCGACAUCUCUCAACCCCAGACCGACGAGCUAGCUCUUCUGGACGACGACGACAGCAUGGACCCACAAGACCCGGAGGAUGAGAUACAGGGAAUGGAGAUCCCGGCAGGCUUUCGUAUUCAAGAAGCUAAACCCGUUGCUCUUGACAGAUUGCUUUUGCGGCGUGGAGUGCUCGUUAGGCUGGGCAUGGGGUGGUUUGGAGGGCUGAUCAAUCAACAAUCUCAGAAGGACAUUCGCCACCUGUACGACUACUGUGUGCAGCUGGAGCUAGACCAGAGUACGCGCAAGAUGAAGUUGCCGUCAGACAAGUACAGCGGAGAUUUGGAUACGGCUGUAGGCUCCUGGGUGUUGCAUGAGAGCAUUAGUAGAUCAGGAAGGGUACGCAGGACCAAGGUCACCCUUGUGGACCAAGAAGGUUGACAGUUGCUGCUCCAUGCCUUGGUAUUUUUUUGUAUCGACAGCAGUACUAGUGUUGCUCAUGGUUGACAGCCGACAAUAUGAUGAUAAAAUACUGUAAGAACAAGAACGCCCCUUUCUGGAGAAGAAUGGACGACGAAAUAUGAACUUGGCAAAUAAGAACUGGUGCUCGGGUUGGGGCAGUCAAUAAGAACCGAGCCUCGCCCAAUAUAGGAAGUUCUUAAGUGCGGGCCGGCACUG